AUGAAUGUAAUUCGCGGUUCGUGGAGGAGAACAAGUCUUCCAGUAGGAUUGUUUUCGGCCCUUAGGACAUCGUCGGUAGCAUGUAUUCGAUUUUAUUGUGAUAAACCGUCACGCGGAGGUUCGGCAUCGAAACCUCCGGACGAUGGAAAGGAUAGCAAUGGGCAGGAAGUGCGAGUGCGUUUCGCACCUAGUCCAACAGGGUAUAUGCACCUGGGAGGAUUACGCACAGCAUUGUACAAUUAUCUCUACGCGAAAGCACACGGUGGAAAGUUCGUAUUGCGCAUCGAAGACACCGACCAGGAACGGUUCGUGGAGGGUGCUGCGGAGAAACUGUAUACCGAUUUGAAAUGGGCCGGAAUCGAGCCGGACGAAGACCCGUACAAGGGGGGACCAAACGGUCCGUACACGCAAAGCCAACGGUAUGAAAUCUACAAGCGUGAAGUGAAAAAGAUCAUGGAAGAUGGUCGAGCUUACUAUUGCUUCUGUACCGAGCGCCGGUUGGAGCUGCUGCGCAAGGAAGCACUUCGGUUACGUCAGGUGCCUAAGUACGAUAACAAGUGUCGCCAUUUAACGCCGGGCCAGAUUGCGGAACGGUUAGCUAAGAAUGAUAAGUUUUGCAUUCGCUUCCGGUUGCACUCGAAGGGGGACGAAUUUAAUGAUCUAAUAUACGGUAAGAUCGUAUAUUUCAUAGCACAGCAGGAAGGAGACCCAGUGAUCAUCAAAUCGGACGGUUAUCCAACGUACCACUUUGCGAACGUGGUCGAUGAUCACUACAUGAGGAUUACGCACGUUCUGCGGGGCGUCGAAUGGCAGAUAUCGACACCGAAACACAUACAGCUGUUUCAUGCAUUCGGUUGGCGACCGCCACAGUACGCCCAUCUGCCACUGAUAAUGAACCCGAACGGAUCGAAGCUAAGCAAACGGCAAGGCGACGUACAGCUGGAACACUACCGAAACAAUGGUGUCUUUCCACAGGCCCUACUAAACUACAUAACCCAGAGUGGGGGUGGAUUCGGGAGGGAACUGCUCGAUAUCGAGGCACCACAGUUGACCGAUCUAAUACGACAGUUUGAUCUGAAGAAAAUUAACGCCAACUCUAGUCGUCUGAAUCCGGAACUAUUGAAGCAUUUCAAUCGGGCCGAAAUUAGGUACAAGCUGGAAAACGAUAGUGCGGCAGCCGAACAGAUCGUCCGAGAGGUGACGGAAAUGGUACGCAAGGAGUUCGCAAAAGAUGUGAAAAACCUACAACUUAGCCCGGAACAUGUACGGGAUGUGUUGAAUUGGUCUCUGCCCCGGAUAGAUUCAUUGCAAGAUCUCGUAAAAAGCAAACUUUCCUUUCUGUGGGUGUUGCCUAAUCCUACCAAGGAUAAAAUCGUCGAUUCAGAUAUUUUAGCCGUACUGGCCAAGAACUUGGCCACCGAAGCGGACGUACCGGAGUUUAACAAAUCGGAACUGAGCCGAUUUAUAAAGGCCUUUGCCGAACGGAACCAUCUUGCAUUUGAAAAGCUCAUGAAAGCAUUACGAUCGGGUUUGAGCGGCCUGCAGGAAGGUCCGUCCGUGCCGGAAAUGAUGGAAAUACUCGGCCGUGAGAAAACGGUCGAAAGGAUCGAGCUGGCAGCUGGAAGACAGAAAUAG